AUGCCACCGAAGAAAUUGCGCUCAGCCUCUCCUGCGACAGAGCGCCGAGAACGUUUGACACUGGAUAAACUGGCCAGCUAUGACGAUGUCGCAACAGAUGCGCUAGUCGAUCAUGCAUACUUUUGGACCACGACUCGAAAGAAUCGCACAAAGUACAGCCCAGCCCGCGGAAUUCACGACGAUGAGGUUGGUCACAUCCUCCUCCACGACGUCGUCGUCGCAAAGGACAUCCCGCAAGCCGAGAAGAAACUAUUGGAACUAUCUGGUUUGAGGAAAUACGUGUCUAACCUACGAAGCCCUCGUGAAAAGGAAUGGUUUCGCCGACACCUCCAUAAAUAUAUCCAGAUGUAUCACCCGGACUGCCCCUAUGAGGUGACCACCACCAACCGAUACAUCAUCACAGAACACGAAGCUGCCAUCUGUGCUCGAAAGUUUAUCAAAGCGAAUCAGGAGAUCAAGUUCCUCAGCGGAACACUGGUUGCAAUGACCAAGGAGGAAGAGUUAGAUCUCGGCUUGACUCGGAAAGAUUUCAGUGUGGUAAUGUCUAGCCGCCGGAAAACCCCUUCUUUCUUCCUGGGCCCCGCUCGAUUUGCAAAUCACGACUGCGAUGCCAAUGGCCGCCUUGUUACACGGGGUACGGAGGGUAUGUCUGUUAUGGCUACGCGUAACAUAUAUGAAGGAGAAGAAAUCACCGUGUCCUACGGAGAGGAUUACUUUGGUAUUGACAACUGUGAAUGUCUAUGCUCAACAUGCGAACAAGCGGGAAGGAACGGAUGGCUACCUCAAGUGGACUCGGAUUCAGAUGAAACCACAUCGGCCUCAACAGACGAGGCCACGCUUACCGAACCCACUGCGCGGGGGAGGAAGCGCAGGCGCGAUUCGGAGGACUUGGACCCUGAAGACUCAACUUCAAUAUGUUCAACCCCGCAUAAGCGGACCAAGCUCCAGAGUCGGACUUCCAAGCUGCGUCAACAUAUUUCUUUGUCCGAACUCCUCAAUGAACCGUCCCCUGACACCGAACUUUGCACCACCUCUGAGUCCGAAGCCGACUCCGCAGCCGCCGCUGCUCUAGCCGCAGACGACCAACACCUGUCUAAGCUAAGACAGGAAAUAAUAGUAAGCGAAAGAGUGGAAUCUAAUGCGGAGACGCCGCUGGUCGCGACAGUGUUUUCAGUUGUGGGAUCCAACCAACCAGAGUCAAAAGAGACUUUAAUCCUGGAUAUGAAAACAGAGCCAGUCACUCCCAGCUUUAACGAUAAUAAUUCUCAAACAAGUGCCCCCAACGACUGUGAAUCUCCCAGCUCUGUUGCAGGCGAAUCUCACCGGUCGUCAACUUCAAGUACUCCCACAUCUGUGGAUGGAACUGGGUCCAACGAGAAGAAGAAAGAGACCUCAGAGACAGAACAGCCUAUCCUGAAAGUCACCACAAUAGAGUGUACAUCCAGUGUUUCCACAACAAAGUUAGAUGUUGUGACUUACGCCGCUACGCAAGAUGUGCAGCCGGAAAUAUCAGAAUCGCUCGAAUCAGACGAUGUCUCAGAGGAGACCGAAAAGACCCCCAAAGCUCGGCGACGGCGAGGUAAAUGGCACAUCAUCUCCUCCGUCGAAGACCAGGCGCCUAUCGUACGGGCUCCCGGCGACUAUACCAAGACAUCGCGACUACUUGCCCAAAAGUAUGAUCGCUGGGUCGAUUGCCAAACAUGCGAUUCGUGGUUCGUCCAGUCAAAUUCCUACCAGACACGCCGAGAAUGUCCCCGUUGCGAAAGACACUCCAAGAUCUACGGAUUCCAGUGGCCCCAGACGGAAAAAGGUAGUGAUGGUGAAGACCGCAUCAUGGAUCACCGUAUUAUCCACCGAUUCAUCUCCCCGGAGUCAGAGGCGCGCAUCUCCCGCCGAGAUCGCGGUAUCAGCUUUGGUGUCAGUUCCACCCCCGAACUCUCGGAUGCGCGCACUGAGACAGCAACUGAAGUCGUUGAAUCUCGUCGGGGCACCCGUUCUAGUCGACGCCUGGCACGGGAGCUGCGAUUGACGAUGUAA